UUUAAUAAAAACAGUAAAUAAAAUAAUACUAAUUAAGGAAAGAAGAAGGAACCGGGAGCCGUAGACAGUAGAGAGCCUUGAGAGCGGAGAAGCGGCGAGUGACGGUUACAUUUCACCAUUAUCUUCUUUUCACUAUUCUAUAUAAUAGCGUAACAUAAAUAAGACAACAUCAAUAAUAAAAAUUCUACUUCCGUCUCUCUCUCUUUCAGCUAUCAUCAAACCAAACAGAGAGACAAAACUAAACUCUUUACUUUGCUUUUCAUGAUAAAUUUAUAAAUUAUGGUUUCUGAAUUCUGAUCUACCGAAGGCAGAUUUCUCUUCCUCUCUCCUUCACAUUCGCCGUUUUCAUUUCUGCAAGAUCCAACUCACUCAAGGAGAAGACAUGAUAGAAUGCAGUGAAUGCCACUCGAAAAUCUCAGCAAAUAAUAAUAACAGUAAAGCAGUAGCGAGAGCAUACGAUAGACAUAGAAGCGAUGUGUCGUCUAAAGCACGCGUUCUUAAUCUUCUUUUGGUCGGUGGUGAUUGCAUCUUUGUCGGUCUCCAGCCUAUAUUGGUGUAUAUUUCAAAGCAUAAUGGGAAUUUCGAGUAUAGUCCUAUAAGUGUUAAUUUCCUCACCGAGACUGCAAAAGUUUUUUUUGCAAUCUUCAUGCUCUUGAUCCAGGCUCGGCAUAAAAAAGUUGGGGAGAAAUCUCUUCUUUCUUUCUCUACCUUUGUCCAGGCUGCUCGAAACAAUGUGCUUCUUGCUGUUCCAGCUUUCCUAUAUGCUAUUAACAAUUAUUUGAAGUUUAUUAUGCAGCUUUACUUUAAUCCAGCAACGGUGAAGAUGCUGAGCAACCUGAAGGUUUUGGUGAUUGCUGUGUUGUUGAAGGUGAUCAUGAAACGGCGAUUUUCAAUCAUUCAGUGGGAAGCUCUUGCUCUAUUGCUCAUUGGGAUUAGUUUGAAUCAGUUACAAUCUCUGCCUGCAGGCUCCACUGCAAUGGGUCUUUCAGUUGCAACGGGGGCAUACUUGUACACACUAAUUUUUGUUACUGUUCCAUCAUUCGCUUCAGUCUACAAUGAGUAUGCUUUGAAGAGUCAAUUUGAGACUAGCAUAUACCUUCAGAACCUUUUCCUGUAUGGGUAUGGUGCCAUAUUCAACUUCCUAGCCAUUCUUGUGACUGCCCUACUUAAAGGUCCAAGUACCUUGGAUAUACUACAUGGGCAUUCAAAAGCUACCAUGCUGUUGAUAUGUAAUAAUGCAGCACAAGGGAUUUUAUCUUCUUUCUUCUUCAAAUAUGCAGAUACAAUUUUGAAAAAGUACUCGUCAACAGUAGCAACAAUUUUUACUGGAAUAGCAUCUGCUGUGCUUUUUGGUCAUACCCUGACUAUGAAUUUUAUCUUAGGAAUCUCUAUCGUGUUUAUCUCCAUGCACCAGUUCUUUUCACCACUUUCAAAGGUUAAGGAUGAACCACAAAAUGGUAGUUCGGAAACGGGCGAUAGUCAGAACAACCAGAGAUCUAAGGAUUCAUCCUUCAUAAAUAUGGCAGCUGGAGCAAAUGACGAUGCUAGUCAUCGUGUUGAACAUGAUGAGAAGGCACCACUACUUCCCAUCUAGAGUUUGCAGUGGGGAUGAUCUUGGCGCGUACGUUUUUAUAGGGUGGAUUUAUCAAUACAGCUGAGAAGACUGCCAGUUUUAGCAACAGAAUGGAACAAAUGCUGUUAAAGAUAUUCUUUAUUUCAUUUCAGGAUUCCCUACACCAUUGCCGACGGGGACCCGCAGCAUCCACUGAGCGAGGGUCGCUAAUCAUCUUUGAACUUUGAAGUAUCGGGGGCAUUGUUGAUAAAGCCGGGUUUCUGAAACAGACAAGGAAAAGAACAAUCUUAUAGCGAGCUGUGGCAAAUUAUGUUAUCGUCCCCUUAUACAAUGCAGAAAGCUAUUAUUCUCAUCAGAUGCCUCUUCCAACAUGUGUUACUGUUUUUUUCUGUAACUUUUGGUGUAAAUGUCUUGGAUCAGUGCUCUCUGAAACAACAGUAUAGUGCAUGCUCGGAGGUAUAUAUAUUGGAUUUCUGAGACUCUUCGUGUUUAUUUUAAAUUCCAGUUUUUGAGCA